GAGUCAGAUCGCCACCUCGCGCAUGCCGGAUGAAGCGACGACGUGUUAUGCGUGGUCGUCAGUCCACGCACAACCUUUCCGCCGCUAUCUGAUUGUCUGUGUGCGUCGUCUGUCGGAGACAUCGCUAUCUCACCGCUGUAUCCAUUAUCUGAAUCUCUAAGAUCUCUCAAAUCGAAGACAUAUGUCGUGCUGUCAUUUGCUGUGACGGUAUACACAGCUGCGAGUUGUGUUCGUUGGAAAGCUGGUGGAUAUCAGUUGGUUCUGAAUACGAAAUCCCUGGACAUUCGAGUUCGUGUGGAUAUCUCGCAAAGGCACCAGAUGUCAAGGGUGGUGUGACAGGACGGGACGGACACCUGUGUGACACCGCGCAGGUACUGGCUCGCUCCCGGAGACAACCCCGAGAGGCACCGACGGCGUUUCUGCACAGCCACGGUCAAGAUGGUACAAAAUACGACCGAGGGGAACGUGAGUGGGGCGACACCCCCGCCAGGACCAAGGAUGGUUCCGCCCAACCCCCAGCUGAUCGAGGCCUUCAACUGGUUCAACGUUGCCGUGGUAACGGCCAUCAUGCUGGCGAUGGGCUGCACGCUGAAACUGAGGGAGCUCAUCCGGGUACUCAAGCAGCCUUCACAGAUUGAUCGCCGUUUCUUCGUCGGAGUUGCGAUCGGCUUUUUGUGCCAGUUCAUCGUGCUCCCCCUCGUGGGAUUUGGACUGGCCCAUGCCCUGCAGUACUCCUCCAUGACCGCUAUGGGCGCUCUUGUUGUCUCCUGCUGUCCCGGGGGUACCACCUCCAACAUCCUGACGUUCUGGAAUCGCGGAGACGUGGCGCUAAGCGUAACCAUGACGACGGUGUCCACGGUGUUGGCCAUGGGCAUGAUGCCGCUGAACCUGUGGCUGUACUCCCGCAGCUGGACGCACGAUGUCGCUGUUGUCCCGUACAAGGAAAUCGUCACCACGAUCGCCAUGAUCCUCAUCCCCGUCACUGUCGGCAUGCUCAUCAAGUACUGGUUCGAGAAACUCGCGAAAGUGAUAGUCACGAUCGGCAGUGUGAUUGGCCUACUGGGUAUCACCACGACGUUCGUCAUGAGUGUCAUCAUCAACCCGUCAAUGUUCAAGGUAUCAUGGAACGUCUGGGUGGGGGCGUUACUGCUACCCAUUAUCGGUGGCGUGCUCGGGUACGGCAUCUCCUGUGCGCCUUUCCUACAGCUGAGCCACUCACGCCGCCGCACCAUCGCCUUGGAGACGGGCGUGCAGCACGUCACGCUCGCCGUCGCCAUCAUCCAGCUCACCUUCGCCGAGAAGAAACAGUUCCUCUCCGAACUGCUCGUCUUCCCCAUGCUGUACGCUCCCUUCCUCGUCGUGCUCGGGCUGGCCGUGACCGGUGUGUUCCGGCUCUGGCUGGUGGCGACCGGACAGAACAAGAACCCCGCAACCGGAGGGGACAAGUUUGCCGAGAAUACGGAAACCCCCGGGAACUUGGAAAAGAACGGAGUCGCGAACAUCGUUGCUAUGGAGAUUGAUGACGAGGUACACAAGAACAGAUCGUAGAAAUAGAAUAAAUUAAGCCAUAUAUAUUCCAGGGGAAAAGGCUAGGUAAGUUCACGGGCUUGUUGGCAACGAUGGAUAGCUAUUCAACGGCAUACUUCAGCCUUAUUUUCUCUCAGAAGGUCCUCUUCACACCUUAACUUUUUCCAGUACGAAAAAAAUUGAGUAAAAGCCAAUACAUUUUUACAUAUACAAAACUUCCCCUUUCUCAUCUACGGGAAGAUGACUAAUCCCGAAUCCAAAAUGCCGACCACCAGCCUUGCUCUCUGAUUGGUCGCUUUUGUCGUCCCCUCAUUGGUCGGCAUCAGAAUCAUUCUGAUUGGUCACUUUUCUCGCCUCCAGAUUGGCCUCAGAAACAAAACAGAUGCUACUUCCCAGACUCACUUUAGUCACAUAUACACCGACUGCAUUUACACUGAUAUUUACAUCAAUAGAAUAAGAGUACGCGUGAAGAAGUGAUAUACAUAUAAUUUUCAUUGAGGCGCGGUCACAUGUAGGUCGUUCGAUCGUCGUACGAUUUUGAUAAUAGUAUUUUCAACCAGGUAGUCAAAGAGCGAACCCACAAGGGUCCAAGAGAGCGUUUUGUACAGCAAGACAGCUGAAAAUGGUAGGACACGUGCAUGGCUGUCCUAAAAAUGCCCCAAGUUAGCGACCAACUAUGUGACCGCGCCUUUAGGACACUUUUUAAUACCGAGCGCCUUAAGUUUGAUCCACAAUACUUACAAGAAAAUUCACCUCAAAAUUGACUUCGACACAAUAGGUAAAAGCACAAUUACCGACAUAAUUACUAUAAAAGAAUAUUCGGAGAAGUCUUCGACUGAGGUAAAUGGCAUCAAAAUGUUCUAAAAUCUCUUCGGAAAGAAUGACCCACUCACUUUUAACACGUGACUUGGCAGACCACGUGACGUGACUGGUAAACCACGUGACGUCUGUUACUCGUGACGUCAUGUAAUGUGAGCCAGGGUCCUUGUAUACCAUUGGUCAGGAUAACUGUACAUAAUAAAAUCUAUUCCAUAACAGAACUCUCUAACAACUCAAAGCUCUAUAGAGCAAGCCACUUGUGUAAAAUGAUAUACUACAGAAAUCAUGACAGUUUUUCAAAAAGGUUUUUCAUACAUUGUGGUUAAAAUUUUCGAUAUAAGUGUGACAGGUUCGCAGAUGUAUAUAAAAUAUUUACAGUAUAGGCACAUAUGCCAAAGGAAUAUUUUUGGGUACCUUUUUUGUUUAUGGUUCGAAAACGCUGUGUACUACAUGUAUGUACAUGAUGUCGUCGAAACAGCGUGAUUGGUUCAACCAAAGUUAAUGUAAUGUAGUUAUCAUAAUUCAGAUAUGUAUUAGUAUAUCCAUUGUAGUGACAUAACUUAAAGCAAUAUGUCAAGUAAGGUAAAUUAAGUCCUCGAUCGAGGCUAUAAUAUACCUCUGUAUCAUAUACAUAAUACAUGAUGAAAUAUACAUUACCAAAUACCACUAUCAAUCUAUUGUCAAAGGUUGAAUCUAUUUCAUAAUAUUUGCAAUAUCAAUUUUACCUUUUUUGCAGGGAUAGAAGUCGAUGUUAUUGCGUAGGCCAUACUUUGUGUAUGCUAUCAUAAAAGAGUCUCGUACGAUUUAACGUACUUAUUAUGAAUAUGUGAAAGUUAUAUUGUUUUACCAAUCGUUUAAUCAAAUGUUGGGUUUAAUCGGUUAUAUGUGUAUGAUUUUUACAGUAGUGAUACUGUAUAAGUUAAUCUAAUCUCUUACUAGCCAUUUUCUUUAAACAGUGACUUUGUAGAUGUUUAUGGUUAAAGUGUUAGCUUGACGGUGACAUUGUAGUUAUUAUUUUUUAAUGCUAAAUAUUUUCGUCUUUGUCAUAUAUCAGGUAUAGAAGUAAAGUCGUUAGUUAUGACAGGUAUAAUUGCGCAUACAGUUGCGCAUAUGGUGCGGAGUAUUUCUUAUGACAACCGUAUCAAAUAUUUUGUUUUUGACUCAAUCUAUUCAGGUUACGUCACCGGUGAAUGUCGAAUCAUCUGCGCACGAAUAACUCGCUAACUAACUGUAACAAAGCAUUAAGAUAACAGUACAUCUAUUUAGAGGCAGUGGUGUCGAAAAUUAACGUUUAACAAUUGCAAUACUAAGUUUCUAAGACUUACAGGUCCCUACGUCGUUCGUCAAAUGAGACAAUUUGAAAGUGUUGUUGUCCAAACAAAUUCUACUUACAAAGUGUAGUUAAAACCUCUGUGUAAGCUAGAAGGAUAAAAAAGAAACCACAUUGUUCUACGGUAAUAUUUGUCCUAUGAUAUUUCAUCUUGCUAAAAUUCUGCACAGAACUAUCUACAUUUACAUUUGUAUUUGCUAUUAAGGAAGGCACAUCCCUUCAGUCUUGAUAAAUCUAUCGAACUUAGAAACUCGAUUUUAUUGCAAUUAACGUUUAUGGCAUGAUAUGGCAUUAAAGCCGUUGGACUCUUUAUUGGAAUUGGCCAUACAUAUUUCGUUCUAUUUGUUUAAUCACCAUUGUUUGUUUUUUAAAUAAUGCUGGUGUAACACAGCCUAACCGUAACUGUUGUCGUUGACCUUCACAUGUCAUUGUAAACUUUGUAACCUUU